AUGAAGAGGUGGACAGCCCAGCUGAAGUGCCUCUACACCAAUGCAUACAGCAUGGGUAACAAGCAUGAGGAUUUGGAAGCCCUGGUGCAAUUAGAAAACUCUGACCAAAUUGCUAUCACAGAAACAUGGUGGGAUGAGUUACACAACUGGAACAUGGCAAUUGAGGGCUACAAGCUUUUCAGAGGCAAGAGGACAGGAAGGAGGAGUGGGGGCGUUGUGCUCUAUAUUAAUGAAGGGAUAGAUUGUGAAGACCUGCCUCCGAGAAACAGCCACAAGCAGUUUGAGAGCUUGUGGGUAAAAAUCAAGGACCAGGCCAACAAAGGACACCUGGUGGUAGGGGUCUACUGCAGGCUGCCUGAUCAGGGGGAGCCUAUUGAUGAGGCCUUGUUGCUUCAGCUACAGGAAGCAUCAAAUUCACAAGCUCUCCUGAUUGGGGAUUUCACCCACCUGGACAUCUGCUGGGAAAGUAGUACAGCUGGCUGGAAGCAAUCCAGGGGAGGGCGCAGGCAGGGUCUGCUGCUGGAACCGCCAGAGGAGGGGGGGUCUUCCGGUGGAAACCAAACCGGAGCAUGGGCAGGAGGGAUAGAGGGACCUCCUAGGCGCGCCCCGGGAUCUUCCCGGAGGAACUCCGCUGUCUCGCUUCGCCUUCUGCGGAGACAGACAAGGACCUGCUGCUGGCGUGCGGAUUCGAGAUCUCCAGUGGAUGAAAGAAGCCACACGGGCCUUUCACCAGCUAAAGAAUGCCCUCAUGUCAGCUCCAGCCCUGGGACUUCCGGAUCUUCCUUUCUCAGUGGAAAUCAAGGGGAAGCAGUGCGCCACGAUUGCCUGGAGACCAUUGAAGCUACCUACUCCAGCCGCCCAGACUUAAAGGACACUCCUUUGGACGAUGCAGAGAGCUGGUUCACUGACGAGAGUAGCUACGUUGCCAAUGGAAAGCGACAUGCUGGGUAUGCAGUGACCACCUCCAGAGAGGUAAUAGAAUCCAGACCCUUACCAACAGGCACCUCUGCGCAGAAGGCUGAGAUAAUUGCCCUGACCCGUGCCUUAGAAAUGGCAAAAGGAAAGAAGAUAAACAUCUACACAAACUCAAGGUAUGCAUUCGAAGUCGCGCAUGCACAUGGAGCCAUCUGGAAAGAGAGGGGACUUUUGACCUCACAGGGAAAGAACAUCAAACAUGCACAAGAGAUAAUCCAGCUGUUAGAAGCAGUUCAGCUGCCUGAAAAGGUAGCAGUUAUGCAUAUCAAGGCACACCAAAGAGUGAGUUCAGAAUUGGAAGAAGGAAAUGAGCUGGCGGAUAGAGAGGCAAAAGAAGCAGCAAAAGGUGAGGUAACUAUUGAAGGAGCCCUAAUUCCAGAUGGACAAAUUUCCCUUGAAGGUAAGGCAGAAUAUAGAAGGAGAGAUAGAAAAUUAAUUGAAGAUCAAAAAAGGACAUAUACCAAGAAGGGUGGGCUACCAUUGAAAAGAAGCUGGUAAUCCCUUCCCAUUUAUUGUGGUCACUAGUAAGGGAAGAGCACCAGAAAGCACACUGGGGAAUAGAUGCCCUAUACACCUACUUGAUUGAAAGAAUAGUUGCUAGGAAUUUAUAUGCCACUAUUACUCAGGUGACCCGACAGUGUGAUCUUUGCCUCCAGACUAACCCCAAAAAUGCUCCCAAACCGAAACUCGGUCAGAUUGGGAGAGGCCAUGGGCCUGGACAGCAGUGGCAAAUUGACUUUUCAGAACUCCCAAGGAAAGGGGGUAUCGGUAUUUAUUGGUAUUGACAGAUACAUUUUCAGGGUGGCCAGAAGCAUUCCCCACCAGAACUGUCAAAGCCCCCGAGAGGUGACCAAGGUGUUAUUACAAGAAAUAAUACCACGCUUCAGAGUUCCAGCCACAAUAUCCUCAGAUAGAGGAUCACAUUUCAUUUCCAAAAUAGUGCAACAGAUUAGUAGCCACCUGGGCAUAGAUUGGGAACUUCACACUCCAUACUGUCCCCAAUCAAGUGGCCAGGUGGAGAAAAUGAAUCAUUUGAUUAAGCAGCAGAUUGUGAGACUUGGGCAGGAGGUUAAUCUACCCUGGCCCCAAGCUCUUCCACUGGCACUAUUGCAAAUCCGGACUAAACCUUGGGCUAAAGAAAAGCUGAGUCCUUUUGAAAUGCUUUAUGGAAGACCAUAUGGAAUACAAAAGGGAAUGUCCACCCACACUGGGGAGGUAACACUAGCUACCUACAUGGUAGCUUUAAGCAAACAGCUCAGAAAAAUUGAGAAACACGUGGCUGGAGCUCGGAGCAGGGAGCUAGAUGGGCCAGUACAUAACAUACAACCUGGAGAUUAUGUAUAUGUUAAGUGUCUUACAGAGAAAACUUUGGAACCACAGUGGGAGGGACUGUUCCAGGUGCUUCUCACCACCUUCACUGCAAUCAAGAUCAAGAAGCAGAAUCCCUAGGUCCAUCACUCUCGAGUGAAGAAGGCCCAAGAACCCCCUUGGAGAGCAACAUCAGGAGACAAUGAACUGAGACUAAAGCUUACAUGGGCAAAAAAGAGUAUAUUGUGGUCGGGAGUGGUUCAUACUUUCACUUGCAGAAUUGUUUUGUAUAUAUUUAUAACUGAUCUUGCUAAUUUAGAAUUAGAGAAUACUACAAUGACUAGCUAUGUUAACAUCCCUAUCAAAUGUACACGGCAAAGCAUUGGGAGACGCCUAUUGUCGUAGGAGUCUGCAUUAAGUAAAAGAAUUUACUUAUUUUCUAGGAAAGAGGGGAACGAGACAGAGUAAAAAUUUUCCAGGUUGCAGGGUAGAAAUUCUUUUUGAUUUAGGUUUAAUGUACAUCUUUUAGUUAAGUCUUGGAAUCUUAGCUGUUUAGUCUGAACUCAGAAAAUUGCACCAGUGAAGGGCAGAGAUAAGGCGGGGGAUACAGGUCAACUUGGCCUAGGAAUUUUUUCUGAUAACAAAAGACCUAGCGCUAAAUGUCACGCGAAGUGUGUAAAAUGAAUAUGUAUGAACCUAUUGUGAAAUUGUAUGCAUAUGUAUU